AUGGGAGGACUGGAAGGUAUAAUUAAUAUUCUUGACUCAGAAGGAGGAUUUGGCUCUCUGGAGAUGCAGAGUAUCAAAAUCCCCGAAAGUGGCAUAUGGGUUUCAAUACCGGGCUAUGAGAGCUAUCCUGAAAAUGAUAAUUCUAUCAAAAUGUUAGAAGCUGCAAUGCAGAGGUUGACAAAUCUUUGCUCAAUUGUGAACGACAUGGAACCUAUCUGCGUUCUGAACCAUGUUUUUGUACUGAGGGAGGUAAAUGACUGUCAUCUCUCCGCAUCACUUAUGGAAUAUAGACAUGGGGAUUAG